UCCCCUCUAUUGUUUUUUUUUUCAAUGCAGCUGAGCGUCGACUAUCGCCGGAGAUUUGGAAAAAAAUCUUGUUUUUUCGUGGGAUUCUUCGAUGGAAAAGCGUCUGAAUGCGGCUGCAAUAUGGCUGCUGAUACUAUUGUAUGGAGCUCCCAUUGCUCAGGGCGAAAGAACGCGAGAUAAGAUGUACGAGCCCAUAGGAGGAGCCAGUUGCUUCCGCCGGCUGAAUGGCACCCACCAAACGGGGUGUACCUCAACCUACUCCGGUUCCGUGGGCGUACUCCAUCUCAUUAAAGUACCGGCCGAUCUGGAAUUCCUGCUGACCAGUCCACCUUCUCCUCCGUACGCUCCCCUGAUACCACCUCACCUGUUCACACGCAGCAACCUGAUGCGACUGAAGGAGGCUGGGCCAAAGAACAUCUCAGUUGUCCUUCUGAUCAACAGGACGGACCAGAUGAAGCAGUUCUCGCACGAGCUCAACUGCCCCAAUCAGUAUAGUGGCCUGAACAGCAGCAGCGAGACCUGCGACGCCAGCAAUCCGGCCAAGAACUGGAAUCCCUGGGGCACCGGCCUACUGCACGAGGACUUUCCCUUUCCCAUCUACUACAUUGCUGACCUGGUUGAGGUGAAGAAGCUGGAGCAGUGCUUCCAGGACUUUAACAACUUCAACUACGAGACGCACGCACUGCGCAGCCUGUGUGCCGUCGAGGUCAAGUCCUUCAUGUCGGCCGCCGUCAACACAGAGGUCUGCAUGCGGCGCACAAACUUUAUCAACAACCUGGGCGGCACCAAGUACUGCGAUCCGCUCGAGGGACGCAAUGUGUACGCCACUUUGUACCCCCGAAAACCAGCGGCGGAGAACAAAACUGAGAUAGUUCAUACGAAUGAAAAGUUCAUACUGGUUUCCUGCCGUCUGGACACCGCCACCAUGUUCGAUGGCGUCGGUCUGGGAGCCAUGGACUCACUCAUGGGAUUUGCCGUGUUUACCCAGCUGGCGUAUCUCUUGCGACAGCUUCUGCCGCCUCAAAGUUCGCUGCCCGAUCCCCUGCGGAAUGUGCUCUUUGUGACUUUCAAUGGCGAAUCAUACGACUACAUUGGAUCUCAGAGAUUUGUUUACGAUAUGGAGAAACUCCAGUUUCCUUCAGAGUCCACUGGCACCCCGCCCAUUGCCUUUGACAAUAUUGAACUUAUGCUGGACAUUGGCACACUGGAUGACAUAGCUAACAUUAAGCUGCAUGCGCUGAAAGGAACUCGAUUGGCUCAGGAAAUUCUAGAGCAACUGAACAACUAUGGCAAGUCGCCACGCUAUGGUUUCAACCUAAACAUUCAGUCCGAAAUGAGUGCCCACUUACCACCAACAUCGGCGCAGUCCUUUUUGCGACGCGAUCCAAAUUUCCCGGCUUUGAUUCUCAACGCACGACCAACCAACAAAUAUUACCACUCAAUCUACGAUGAUGGGAUUAAUGUGGAUUUCAGCUAUGCGAACACAAGCAAGGACUUCACCCAGCUGGCGGAAGUGAACGACUUUAAGUCCUUGAAGGCAGAUUCACUGCAAAUGAAGGUGCGCAACGUUUCAUCGAUUUUGGCCAUGGCCCUGUAUCAGAAACUUACUGGAAAGGAGUACACGGGCACCAAGGUGGCCAAUCCCCUGCUGGCUGAUGAGUUUCUGUAUUGUUUCCUGCAAUCGGCAGACUGUCCGCUCUUCAAAGCUGCCUCUUAUCCGGGCAGUCAGUUAACAAACCUGCCUCCAAUGCGCUAUAUAAGCGUCUUGGGCGGAUCUCAAGAGUCCUCCGGCUAUACAUACAGAAUGCUGGGGUAUCUCCUGUCGCAGGUACAGCCAGACAUUCCUCAAGAAAACUGCACCGAAUUGCCGCUGCACUAUUUUGCCGGCUUCAACAACAUCGGAGAGUGUCGCCUUACCACGCAGAACUACAGCCACGCCCUGAGUCCAGCUUUUAUUACUGAUGGCUACGAUUGGAGCUCCGGCCAGUACUCGACAUGGACUGAAUCCACCUGGUCACAGUUCAGUGCACGCAUCUUCCUGCGUCCGUCCAACGUUCACCAGGUCACAACUCUCAGCGUUGGCAUAGUGGUGCUGAUCAUCUCCUUCUGCCUGGUGUAUAUAAUUAGCUCUCGAUCGGAAGUCCUCUUCGAGGAUUUGCCGGCUAGCAAUGCCGCGUUGCCGCGUCCGACGGCCUGUUAGUCAGUGGAAAUCGCCAAGCAAAUCUGAGUCUAUGCCGGAGCUGAUUGGCAGCUGAAUAGGAUGUGAAAACAAAAAGACAGACUUAACAAAGAAACUAAAAUGAUAUUCUAACUUGUCUUAUUUAAGCCGUUAAGCAAACCUUUAUUUAUAUAUGUAUUUUUGUAUUUUAAACAAGUAAAUUAGCCUCUAGCGACUAUGUUGUAGACAUUUAUAGACAUUUAACCAAUUGCGACUAAAUUCUUUCUACUUGUCCGGCCCGUUUUGCAUUGUACAUAGGGAUAAACAAAAUUGAACCUCUGAGAAUGCCAAGGAAGAGAUGUCUGUACAAAUAUAUUGACAAGAAACUGCUAUAAAUCAUAGAACACUGGAAAUAUUUAUACCUUCUGCAUAUAUUGCGAUACUGAACUUAAUGAUCUGAAAUCAUCACUUCAUAGAAGACAAAUAAUUAUUAUAACGACUUUAAAUUAUAUAUGUUUAAUAAAUUUUGAUAAGGUGUAA